AUGAACGUCUCCUCGCGGCCCCUGAACGGAUUGCCACGGUUGGACGCGGAAGACCGGUCUCCGUACCAGCGCUUAAGUCAAAGGAUGCUGGACAUUUCGGGGGACCGGGGCGUGCUGAAAGAUGUCAUUCGAGAGGGAGCUGGAGAGCUGGUGACACCGGACGCUUCCGUGCUUGUGAAAUAUUCUGGAUAUCUGGAGCACAUGGACAAGCCUUUUGAUUCUAAUUGCUUUAGGAGAACUCCUCGGCUCAUGAAACUUGGAGAGGAUAUCACACUGUGGGGCAUGGAGCUGGGCCUUCUGAGCAUGCGGAGAGGGGAGCUGGCCAGGUUCCUGUUCAAACCCACGUAUGCCUACGGGACGCUGGGCUGCCCUCCCCUGAUCCCCCCAAACACCACCGUCUUGUUUGAGAUCGAGUUGCUUGACUUCCUGGACUCGGCUGAGUCAGACAAGUUUUGUGCCCUCUCGGCCGAGCAACAGGGUCAGUUUCCACUUCAGAAGGUCCUAAAGGUGGCAGCUACUGAACGGGAGUUUGGCAACUACCUUUUCCGCCAGAAUCGUUUCUCUGAUGCCAAAAUGAGAUAUAAACGGGCCUUGAUGCUCCUCCGCCGGCGAACAGCGCCCGCUGAAGAGCAGCACUUGGUGGAGACCGCCAAGCUGCUUGUUUUCCUCAAUCUGUCCUUUACUUACCUGAAGCUGGAGCGCCCCACCAUGGCCCUGCGCUAUGGAGAGCAGGCUCUGAUCAUUGACCAAAAGAAUGCCAAGGCCCUCUUCCGCUGUGGACAGGCUUGUCUCCUUAUGACCGAGUACCAGAAGGCCCGGGAUUUUCUAGUCCGAGCCCAGAGGGAGCAGCCCUUCAACCACGACAUCAAUAACGAGCUGAAGAAACUGGCCAGCUACUAUAGGGACUACAUGGACAAAGAGAGAGAAAUGUGUCACCGGAUGUUUGCUCCUGCGCAGCUGCGAGGCGCGGCGCCUUUAAAGCCCGGCCGGGGGGCGGGCCGGGGGCGCGCGGAGGGCCCGCCCCUGGGCGUGUCCACCAGGCGCCCCGCCCCGAGGCUUGUAGCCGCGGCCCCGGGAGGCGGUGCCUGCUCCGGCUCCGCGGCCGUUCGAGUAGCGGCGGCGGCGGCGGCGGUGGCGGCUCGGCGCCUCCUUUCCCUCAGGCGGCUUCCCCACGCGCUGCCCAGGGCGCCCGGCCGCGCAGGGACACACGCGGCCGGCUCCGCUAUGGCCCGCACCCCGCGACGUGGCGAGCGGGCACGGGGGCGCCGGACGGCGCGGCCCGAGUGA